AGACCUGCCCACAACUCAUGAGGGAGAGAGAGAGAGGUCAUAUAAUAUAAUCUAAUACUGCUACUACAGCAGCUAGUGAUAAUACUAAACAUUACUGCUGAUAGAUACUACUGUCAGGAAGAGAAUCAGACCAGCCUACAGCACAGGCCACCAAGAGAGAGGACAUAAGAUGGACACAUUCAACAGCUCUACCAGUACAAAUUUCAGUAACCAGACGGAUCCGUUCUCCUGUUCCUCCCCUUCUGUUCUGGGAUACCGAUACUUCGCUGUGGUUUGGGGCUGCGCUGUCACCAUCACUGGAACUCUGGGAAACCUCCUCACCGUUUUCGCCUUCUCCUUGGACCCCCGCCUCCGCACACGCUUCAACGUUCUCAUUGUCAACCUGGCCAUAGCGGACCUCCUGUACUGCACGAUCUUGCAGCCAAUAUCAGUUGAUUCUUACUUGCAUCUCCAUUGGCGUACCGGCGAAACUUGGUGCAGGAUGUUUGGGUUCCUCCUCUUCGUCUCCAAUGCUGUUUCCAUCAUCACCCUAUGUCUUCUUGCCAUUGGACGAUAUUUGUUGGUGGCAAAACGACAAACGUUUGACAAAGUUUUCUCCAAACACGGGAUUGUGUUGCUUGUGAUUUUCGCUUGGGCGUUGGGUAUUGGUAGCUUCGCCCCGCUAUGGUCUGUCUACGUUUUUGUACCAAAUGUCUGUACUUGUAGUUUUCAUAGGACCAAAGGGAGACCUUAUACAACAAUUUUGCUGUUUUUCUACUUUUUUGUUGGCCUUGGAUGCGUUGGUAUCUUUUACUUGCUCAUUUACAAGCGUGUGAAGAUAGCAUCACAAGCACUACUUAAGUACAGGCUAAGUCGGAGAUCUUCCAAAAAGAAACCAGUGAUCGUCAGUUCAGGGACAGACAGCGGCGUUGAAAGUGGGGUCGCUAAUAGUUCUACCACGGAAAAUACCACACAGUCUGAAAUAUCUGUUGAAAGUUUGAAAAAUGUAGCUGUUCCAAAUCAGGUUUGCCCUAAACCUAACCAAGAAGCCCAACCACAACCCAAACCAACUUCUACAACUGCAGCAGACGAUGGGGGCGAGUUUAAAAGAGUAACUAGAAUGUGUUUCACGGUUUUUAUCUGUUUUGUCUUGUGUUUUUUCCCUUUUAUUAUUCUAAAUAUUGUGGACAAAAAUAACCGUGCACCUCAAGUGCUCCAUAUGUUCAGUGCUAAUCUGACCUGGUUAAAUAGUUGUAUUAACCCAGUGCUGUACGCUAUCAUGAACAGGCAGUUUAGACAGGCGUACCACGUUCUGAUGAGCAAGCUUACGGCGCCAUUCAAAUGUAUGUGUAAAUAAGGGGCAGGAAUACAUCUAUGGCAAAAUGUUCAGCAGUUACCAUGGUGAAACAAUGUAGACAUUAGCAAACACUGUCAAAAAAAAAUUUAAGGUACAAAUUGGAUUCAAACAACCACUUUCAGGAACCUGUGAUCUAGAUGAGCGUUCAUGGUCACAUGUAGGUAUGUGAUUUUCAAAAAGUUGAGAGUUAUGCUGAGUUCAACAUCAGAUGCACUUUUCAGUAGUCAAGUUGGAAAAACAAUGACCAGAAUAUUACAGUAACGAUUCAAUUAAGUAAUAACUACUACGAAAGUGCUUAAAUUGGUCAAAAUGAGGAUGAAGUAAAACAUUUUUUAGCAUAACAGCGCAUUUCUAAUUGUCGAGGCUCAUGGGCUGUGCAGGAGCAGGUUCACAGAAGCAGGUAGAGAGCAGGGAACAAUUGAAGGGAAAAUAAUACAAGUACAAUCCAUAUUUUAACUGUUGGAUAUCAAACUUUAUCCAAACGCAGGGCUUUGCCAUGUUGAACUUUCUAAUUCAGACUCUGAAAUGUUCUCUGAGUUUCCAAGUAGAAAUUACAAGAUCGCUGCAUGUUCCAGUCGCCAUGUACGAGUCAGAACUCACAAAAUCUGACUUACCACUAUCUUGUGACUGUCAUUUUAUGGGAUUUGAUUAACAGCACAAAUCAGAUUACUUGUAGUAGUUACAGUCAAGUCAGUUCUUUUUAGUCAGAUUGUGUUAAAACAAAGCUCAGAUUCAAAUCUAACGUGAGUAACAGAGCUUCAGACAGAGCAGUGCCUACAGUUAGCAUCACACCCCCAUGGGAAUGACAUCAGCUGCAAAGUAUCAAUAACACAAUAUAACAAUUCUGUGAUCUUUAAUAUAUUUAAACAGGCACUAUGUAUCGUUUGGAAGUUAUCUGCCACCAGUUUCAAUAAAGUCCUACAAAAUGUGA